ACCCUGGCAAGUGACGUCACUUCCUAUUACUCAAUCCCGCCAAACAGUUGGAUGGAUCUCCACUAUAAAACAUGUUGUCUGUGAGUGAAGUGAAAACUAUCCGCAGGUUUGUCUGCGGACAACUCCGUGAUGAGCGGGAUUUAAGCUUGCUCACUUUGGGAAUGUUAAAAAAGCGAUAUUUGGCCCACAUCGGAGGCGAAUCCCUAAGUCCACUCACUAAAAGUACACUGAAACAAGUGGUUGAAGAGGAACUGAUGAAAAUGCAGGACACACGCAAAAGUGGAAGCGAGUCCGAGACGGAUGACACCCAAAAGAAAAGAAAAAGAGAGAGGGAAAAUUCUUCAAGCGAGAGUGAAUGUGAGGUUGAGUCCAAGAAAAAGAAGUCCCGUCGUUAUGCCAGCUCUGCGUCUGAAUCAGAGGACGGCAGCAAAGGAAGUGUGGCGAGUGAAGUCGAAGAAGAAACGAAAACCAGAUCAGGAGAUGCGCUGCUGGAGAUGACAAAUGGAGAGCGUGAAGAAGACUCUAAAGAUGGGGACGAGGCUGCAGAGCUAAAAAGCAAAGUGCCAAAUAAGAAAACGGACCAGAGUGAAGAAGAUGGAAGUGACUCGGACAACAAAAUGUCUUCUGAUGAAAGUGAAAAAGAGGAAAAAAUAGUGGCGGAAAAGGAAACAAACCAGGCUGAUUCUGAUUCAUCAUCCCUGCCCUCUUUGGAUGAUGAUCAAGAAAUGAAGACCCAAAAAAAGCAAGUCAAUAAAAAGAAAGAAAAAGAUCAAGAUGGUGGCAAAAAGAAAUCAAGGAAGAAAGAGGAAGAUGACGGUGCGAAAAACCAGAAGCAUGAACACAAAUCGGUCGUGAGGCUCAAGCGCUUCAUUUCUCUCUGCGGCGAGAGGCGCAAUUACAAGAAGCUGCUCGAUGGUUGUCGCAGCGUUUCCGCCAUGGUGGCCGUUCUAAAGAAGGAGCUGGACGAUCUUGGUGUUCAGGGUCAGCCAUCCAUUGAAAAAUGUAAAAAGAUACGUUUGAAGAAAGAAGAAGCUAAAGAACUGGCUGAGCUGGAUGUCAACAACAUCAUACAAGCACAAGGUCGGCCUAAACGAAGAGGAACCCUUGGGCAGCAACGUGACCCCCCGCCCUCUACAUACCAGCGGUCGUUCAACUCUGACAGCGAUCAGGAAAAUAACACACAGCGAGGACGCAGAAGAGCAUCGGACUGGGCCAACCUGCAAGGAAUCAUCAGCGAUGAUGCAGACAGUGACUGAGGCUUUAGUUCUUUGUGUUGUUUUUCUGGAAUUAUUUGACUUAUUUUUGAUACAGUGUGUUAUGAUACGUAUGUUGUAUAAAUGUUUGGAAAGCCUUAUUAAGUAAAAUCAAUACAAAGAUUGGCACAUCAAAAAAAUUGUAUAAUGGAGUAUUAUUAUGUAUAUGUUUAGUGCUAAAUAAAAGUUUACUUGCUCUACA